AUGUCAGCGUAUCGUCCUAGAAGAAAUAUUCCAUCAGCAGUUAAUACUCCAACGGCUGUUCGAGUUGAAGCGUCGCUGGCAAUAGAUAAAUCCGAAGCGGAAACUAUAUUGAGCGACUUCAUUUCAGUCAGUGAAGCCAUAGCUGGAUCAUUACCAAGCUCUUUAGACUCAAGCAAAAUUACUUUUUCGAAUACCGGAUUGUCCAGCAGUACCGGAAGCAGUGCGAUCUUGAGUCAAUUAAAAAGAGUGCAAAGAGACUUGAGAGGCUUACCACCGUUACUAUCAGAGGUUGUAGCAUCAACACCAGGAACAAUUGCACCAGCAGAAACCAUAAACAAGAAAAUCAAGUUCGACGAUGAAGAUGCUGAUGCAUCAGUUGAGCCUAAAAGCAAGAAGAUCAAAUUCGACGAUUCAGAAGUCGAUGCUUCUGCAGAUGCAGAAAUGGCAGAGCCUGUGACGACGGACGACAAUGAGGAACAAAAGCACGACGAUGAAGAAGAAGACGAAGAGGAAGAAGAGAAACUGCAAAAAGAGCCCAAAAAGUCUAAGAAAGAAAAGCACGACAAGAAAGAGAAGAAAGAGAAGAAACAUAAGAAGGAAAAGAAAGAGAAAAAAGAUAAGAAAAAGGAAUCCAAAGACUAG